AUGGUGUCGCUUCCCCGGGGCGACGCCUCCACCCUGUUGCCGGCCGCCACCGUCGCAAAGCUGACCACCGCACGCUCGUCCGCUCCUGAGAGCGCGGCGGGGCUCGUGCCCAGGAAGCUCAAAGGCGCCGCGCUCAUGGGUAGGAAGAGGGCGUACAUCGCCGAGGACCAGCUGACAUCGGCGACGAAGAGGAAGGAGGAGGCCAGGGCCUCCGAGGCCAAGCGGCAUGCGGCGGCCACGGCGACUCCGGUACAGAAAGAAGAGGUCACCUCGCGUCCUCCUGCGACGGGGUCGGCCUCUCGAGGCUUGGGGGACCAGCCUCCAGAGAAAAGCGCCGCCGCGGCUAAGCUGACUCCAGAGGUGCCCGUCCUCAGCGCACCUGCUAGGCGUCCGAGGGCUCCGGAGCCCCCGGCUGUCCUUGCUGCUAUUGCUUCGUCAGCCCUGGCGCUGGUGCCGCCUCCUCCCCAAGCCGCCAGGCAUGCGGACCAUGGUUCUUCUGCCAUGCCCGGCGCUCUGGAGGAAGCCUUCUUCGUGCUGGACUGGCUCCAGGCUGAUCUUGGGGGCGCCGACCGGUGCAUUGCGGCGGACCGCUUGGGGCUGGUCGCGGGGUGGCUCCAGGCCGACUCGUCCAUCAAGACAGCCUGGGGCCAUGCCGAGGCCGCCACCAAGGAGGGCAGGAAGGUGGCCGGCAUGGCCACAGCUGCUCGCGACGCAGCGUUGGCCGACGCAGCAGCCGCCGAGAAGCGCUGCCGCACAACGGAGACCGAGCUGAAGGCCCUCUGUGAUGAGCAGGCCGCCCGCGCCCGUCAGCUCGAGGAGCAGAAGGAGAAGUUGAAGACCCAGGAGACCGCGCUCACCGACCGCGGCACCGAGCUGGAACAGGCGGCCCAGGAACAGGCCAUGGAGCGCAGUCGCCUGGAGAGGCUAAAGGAGGAGGUGGAGGCGGCCCAGGCGUCCCAUACCAAGCUCGUCUCCGAGGAGAAGGCCCGGCUAGAGGCCAGGGAGAAAAUCCUUGCCGCGGCUGAGAAGGCGGCCGCCGUGGGGCGCGACGCCUUCAUCUCCCUCAAGCAGAGGUCUCGCGUAGCCCUGCAGUCCCUUUAUGAGUAA